ACUCCUAAACAAUCUUUAAUACAAUGGCACGGACAGCACUAGGAUUUAACCCGUCUAAGUCAUUAUGCAUAGCCUUGUCAGGCUUGGUUCUAGGYGUGAUUUUACUGAUCGCUGGAGGAGUAAUCUUUGGGACUUUCCAGCAACGAUGYGAGCCGUCUCCUACCGCUACCACGCAAAUCGAGAAACGUGGACGCUCGUGUGAGCUAUCCGAAGAAGCAAAGCGUAGUGGAUUUGGAACUUUUUUGGACAAAGUUAAGGCAAUGUACUAUGAAUUACAUCCUUUCAAAAUCCAUUAUAAUUCCGACUUGUGGUAUAAGGAUGACUUUUCAGAUCAAAUCAAGGCUAUUUACAUUUCUUAUGACCCCUCACCCGAAGCCAUCAAGAGACGAACUGACGCAUCGUUUAGGCUUUUAAAAGAAAUGAAGUCUUUGGACAUUUCACUUGAAAAACUUAAGGGAAGAGAAAGRAAGGCUUACUCUAAAGCUAUGUUAUACCUCCAGCAAGUAUUUGGACAGCCAUUCGAAGUGAAUUACUAUGCGGGGGAUUGGAUGCUUGGCCSGGAUUCAUUUUGCUACAGUACAAUAUGCUACAUGGGUUAUGACUUGUAUAAUUCAAUGUUAUAUCACGUCCCUAAGAACCUUAAAGAUGUAGAACUUGUCAAAUCUAAGCUUAUGUCCCAUCAGAAGGCGCUCAUCCAGUAUGUGGAGAAUUUGAAAAUGGGCGUGAGGAAGGGGAUGGUCAGGAACAUUGAGUCGUGUAAAGCUGGACUGGACGCCUUUAAGAUUGAGCACCCGCAGAUUUCUCUCAAUAGUGCAAAAGGAGUAUUAAAAGAGUGGUACACGACAUUUCUCCUGUCUCCAAAAUUCUACAUCAACAUAACCAGUGGUAUGAACGAGGAGUGGACGAAAGCGCACGGUAUGAAUGUCAGUGAAUCAAUCAAGAAUUAUCUCUUAGAGUAUUUUGGAAAACCGCUGGCAGAUGUAUUGAGGUAUCUUGAAGACGAUCAUGWGCGUCACUGCGUACCGAGUAACGUUUCUAGCGGCUUAGCAACCCUUCCAUUAAAAUACGUUUAUCUUGAUGGAAAAGCAAAUAUGUCGUGGCCAACUGACCCAACCCUACCCCUGACUGACAAAGUUUUAAAUGGAACAGAAUCUUACGCRAAGAUUAUGCCAUAUUUUACGACCAAUGAGAUGACACCAGAUGAGGUUUACAAGUUAGGAUGGGAAAUGCUGAACAAACUGUAUCCAAAGGCUGUUCAGGUCGCAAGGGAAGUUACUAAUAUUUACAACGACAACGAUACUGCUGUUGCGGAAUUUCGAAAAAKUCUGAACUCAUCGCAGAGCUACUUCAACGAGGAACCUUUUCCUAAGAACGAAAGUGACAAAUUGGCCAACCGUAGAUGUARUACUGUUGAAGGUGCUAAGAAAUACUGCCCUUCACGAUGGCGGGCAAUGCAAACAUGGUUUAGUGAAGCUAGAAAGUUAAAAUAA